UUUGACGAGUGGUAUAGCCAUGGCCCAGGCUCUACAGAAAAUAGACAUAGUGUAUUUUAAUGACGCUUGGAUUAGUAGAAUCAAGCCAGAGGUUGGGGACAACUGGAGGUUAAAGAUGUGCAAAGCACCCGCUCAGUCAGCUCCCACCUGUUGGUGAUGCAAUGCCGAUCUUGAGAGCCACCUUGGGUCGACGAGUCCUCAUGUGUGAACAAGCCGACGAGCAAGUCGCCCCCUCCUCUGCGACUGGGACUGGAUAUCUGGCAUGCUAGAAAACUGGAGAAGUGUGACACGACUGACAAAGAGCAUCAGCCAAUGUGAGGCGGGAUACGUCCCACGUCAGCACGCUGGAGGAUGGAAGAAAUGUGAGGAGGACAAGCCGCAGGGUUGCCACUUGCCAGGUCCGCUUGGGCUUGUUUCUAAAGUGGAGUUGCUUAUUUGGACUUGCUCUCUAAACGUCACCUUCCUCUAUAUAUGCCCAUCUAAUAAGUUAUUUAAACGCAUGAUAGUAUGUCGGACUGCAGUCGCUUCUUUUGGGCUUGUUUCCAUAGCCCUGGUUGCUUGUUUCUCUCCCAAGAUGUGGCAACACUGACAAGCUGGCAAGCAACAACAACAAUGGCGGUGUCCACAGGAUCAUGGGGAGCACGUUGUGUUUGGACCCAGGAUGAUAAAGAAUAUCCAUGCCUUUACGAUGUGUCGUCUCCAAGUUUGGUGACGUCGCCGCAUUAUCUGGGGCUCUGUCGGAGAGGGCUCAGUGGAGAAAUCUUGUGCACACACACAGGUCGUAACGCAGUUGGCGAGACUCAUGCUGACAGAAACGCACGUCGCCAGAUCAGCAAUCUAAAGAAAAUUCUAAAAGGCAUCCUAGACUAUAACCAGGAGAUCCUGGGCCAGCACAUUAACGACUUCACACUACCAGAUGUUAACCUUAUCGGAGAACACUCUGAUGCAGCAGAACUUGGGAGGAUGCUGCAACUUAUACUGGGCUGUGCUGUCAACUGUGAACAGAAACAAGAGUACAUCCAGACCAUCAUGAUGAUGGAGGAGUCAGUGCAGCAUGUUGUCAUGACAGCCAUCCAAGAGCUGAUGAGUAAAGAGACUCCAGUGACGGGAGGAAACGACUCAUAUGUGGAUCUAGACAGACAGCUGAAGAAGACAGUAGAGGAGCUGAACGAUGCUUUGGCUACUAAGGAGGAGAUCGCCCAAAGGUGUCGUGAGCUUGACAUGCAGGCCCUCCAUGUUCAAGAGGAGCGUGAUAGACUGAGGUUAGAGUUUAAUGAGCUAGAGGAGAGGGUGGCUGCGCUGCAGGAGGAGAAGAGCAGUUUGCUAGCAGAAAACCAGGUCCUGAUGGAGAGACUUAACCAGUCCGACUCCAUAGAGGACAUAAACAGCCCAGCGGGACGCAGACACCUCCAGCUGCAGACACAACUGGAGCAACUACAGGAAGAGACCUUCAGGUUGGAGGCUUCAAAAGAUGACUACCGGAUCCGUUGUGAAGAGCUUGAAAAGGAGCUCUUGGAUGUGAAGUCGCAGAAUGAAGAGCUCGCGUCACUAGCCGACGAAGCCCAGUCUCUCAAGGAUGAGAUGGAUGUCCUCAGGCAUUCAUCAGACAAAGUGUCAAAGCUGGAGGGAACAGUGGAACACUACAAGAAGAAACUGGAGGAUAUGGGGCUUCUCAGGAGACAGAAUAAGCUAAUGGAGGAGAAGAACACAGUGUUAAUGCAGACCAACGUAGGUUUGGAAGAAGAGCUACGAAAAGCGAAUGCUGCCAAGGGCCAGCUGGAGACGUACAAGAGACAGGUGGUUGAACUUCAGAACAGACUGUCAGAAGAGUCUAAAAAGGCCGACAAGAUGGAGUUUGAGUAUAAACGCGUCAAAGAGAAAGUGGACUCUCUUCAAAAAGAAAAAGAUCGUAUGCGAACAGAGAGAGACUCCCUGAAGGAGACCAUUGAGGAGCUACAUUGUGUCCAAGCCCAGGAGGGGCAGCUUACAUCAAGCUUGUUCCCGAUGGUCAGCAACGACGGCACUGAUUCACUGGCUGCUGAGAUCACCACCCCAGAGAUUCGAGAACAUUUGAUUCGUCUCCAGCAUGAAAACAAGAUGCUGAAGCUAGCUCAGGAGGGAUCAGACAAUGAGAAGAUUGCACUGUUGCAGAGUCUACUGGAGGAUGCCAACAGAAGGAAAAAUGAGCUGGAGACGGAGAACAGAUUAAUCAAUCAGCGCCUGAUGGAGGAGCAGAGUCAGGUCGAGGAGCUACAGAAGAAUCUCCAAGAACAGGAUUCCAAAGCAGACGAUUCUUCCAUUCUGAAGAAGAAAUAUGAGGAGCACAUGGAGAAACUACGAGAGUUGAACAACGAGUUACUGAAGAAAAAUGCCUUCAUUGACGAAAUGGAGCCUAAAUACAACUCCUCCUCCCAACGAGUGGACGAGCUGGAAGAGGCUUUGAAGAAGAAAGAUGAAGACAUGAAACAGAUGGAGGAGAGAUAUAAGAAAUACUUAGAAAAAGCCAAGAGUGUGAUCCGGACCCUGGACCCCAAGCAGAACCAGGGUUCAGGUCCAGAAGUCCAGGCCCUUAAGAACCAGCUGCAGGAGAAGGAGAGGAUGUUGCACUCACUGGAGAAGGAGAUGGACAAGACAAAAACCCAGAGAGAUUACGAGGAGAAACUGAUUGUGUCAGCCUGGUACAACAUGGGUAUGUCUCUGCAGAAGAAGGCGGCUGAAGACAGACUCGCCAACACCGGUUCUGGUCAGUCCUUCCUGGCCCGGCAGAGACAAGCCACCAGCACACGCCGCUCCUACCCAGGCCACGUCCAGCCAGCUACCGCAAGAUCCAUGAGGUAGAGAUGCCAGGCAAGACUGCCAAAAUCUCGCACCACUUUUUUUUUUUUCCUUGAUUAAGCAUAUUUUACCCUGACUCCUGUGAUGCCAGGCUCCUACUCUUUUCACACCCCAGCAUAUUUAAUAGGGUCUGACUAAUCACCCCCAACACCUUCUCUCAACCACUGACCUUCCUCAACCUGUGCUCUGUGGCAAACCUUUGUCAGGCAGGUCAUUUGGAGUCAAAGGCGGAGAAGAAUCCCAUUUUCCCGACAAGAUACUGUCGUCUUUGUUUAGAGGAACUGCUCUGCCUGUUCAUGCAGUAUUUAUGCACAUCUCUACCUGUCAUAGCAUUUGAGGUUCAUCUUGUUUCUCGACUGGAGUUGACAGAUUUUCUGUCCUGCGUUAUCUGUUUUAACUCUUACGAUGUAGCUUUCAGCAGGCGACAGCAAUUUUCAUUCACAUGUGUCAGUGUUUGAAUUGUAUUUUUCAAAUGGGGAUAAGUUCUGCUUUGUCAUUGUGUUUUGAAUUUAGAUCAAUAUUGAGCAACAGAUACAUUGCGGCAUAGGAAGAUGUAUAGUCAUCACAUGUAAAUGUCCCAUUUGCUUGCUAAAUGGUCUUAAUGAUUUCAAAUAGGACGACAUGAUUUGGAAAAAACAGGUAACUGUUAGCUGGUAACAGUGCAGCAAUAAUUGUGAAUGGUAAAAAAAAGUACUUCAGCUGUUAAAACUGUUUCAGAAGGUGCAAUCCACAGCUAGCUAGAUUGUGGCAAAGAUGUUUCUUAUGGAGUCAACCAUCACGCAAACUGGGAAUGGCAUCAGUUAACACGGUUUUAGCUUUAUCAGCAUUUACCAGGUUGUCCAAGACAACACCUUAUGUGCCAUAGUGUUCAAUUUAAAUAUGUGUACCACAGCAUUUGGUUGAUGUAUCCUUGCAACACUGCAGGCUUCCCUGAGAUAGUUGCUGAGGCUGUUUGGUUGCAAAAGGGAUUUGGUUUGUAGAGCUCUCUCAACGCCAAUAAGUCAACAAGGAGCAGUUAGUUAUUCAGCGUGACUUACUGUCCAUAUCAUAUUAGGAUCAGCUGAUCACUAUCAUAGUGAAUUUUCAAUGUGCGUUAGAAGAUGUUUGAAAUAUUGCCUAUGUCACUUUAAAUAGAAAUCUUGAUGCUUGUUGCAGCUGUUCCUGUCCUCUUUAACUCAUUUACAGCUCCACUCUGUUUACAUUGUCAUUAGAAGCCUUGAAAUUAACCCUGUUUGUUUUCUGUGUACGUGCUCAGAUCGAGGCCAGAGUCUUAUCCUAACAGGCCCUGUCGUCUGACCGUUAUCUCUCUCUCUCCUCCCUCAACAGCAAUGUCACUGCAUGACUGGCACACCAGUGAGCUGGCCAAGCCUUGCGCGGCCUGGGCUAGGCCGAGGCACACGAUGCAUGAACUCCGUGCCUGCCUACUGUUUGCAUGACUUUGCAUUGACCUGCGAAUAACCAGCACACCAGCAGCAGCAGCAGCAUGAGCACUAACAACCUUCUGCAGUGUCAUGCAUUGUAACCUCCAGGCAAGGCCAGAAAUUAAAACUCCUUUCCCUCCCUCCUCCAGCUCCUUUCUCCUCAUGUCCUCUCCGUUCUCCCACUCUCCUCCAUCUGUCCUCACCCUUAUCUCUUCACGGACAUGCCUGCUUGUGCUUUCACACCGCAUCAAGUCUGUCGGAACUCAACUUAUGUUACAAACACCAAGGACAGGGGCAGAAAAUUGCAGCAUAGUCUCUCCAUCAGGCAGUUGAUCUAUUAAUAGGCCUUGGUGUGUAACUUGACGUUGGCUGGCUGCUUUGGGAUACCUCAAUGACAUAUUUCCACAUAUCUGUUAUACUUACAUGGUUUGAGGAGAGUCUGAAUCAAUAUGAGAGAAAUAUUUGAGAGGUGUAACCUGCAAGUCAGUCUGCGCAACAACAAAAAAAAUCCCCCCUUUAAACUUCUAAGUAUUUCCUGCAGUGGUUCUGCCCAGCCUUUCCUCAGCAUGUUGCUAGAUGGCCUCUUAGAAGUGGUUUUACCUCAAGUAUUAGUGAGUACAACAAGGAGAGCUUACGGGGCAUUACUGUCGCCCUGUAGGCUUUUGGACAGUUUGCAGUAGGAACAUAGGAUGGCAAUUUUUUUUAAUAAACAGCAUUGUUACAGAUAUGCUUUUAUACAGGUUAAAAGCCCUCAUUAAGCCUGCUUGCAGUUUUUCUUAAUGUCAGCAUAGCAUCUAUUUCUCGAUAGAACGCACAUGUAAUACACGUUUAUAUGGUGUUACGUUAUUUGCCUAUGUAGCAAAUAACCUGUGGUGUAAUUGAGCCAAACACAACGAUGCAUUUUGUCCCACGUUAUACACAUUUUACUGUGAAACAUGAAUUUGAUUGAAUAGUUGCCUGAAACAAAAAAGAAUAAAAAAUGAGGACAUGAAGCUGUACGUUAGCUUGCGCAGGCUAAUGUGCAGUACAUUUUGUUAGUUUAAAGGGCUAACUAUUUUAAAAACCCAUAAAGGGAAAGGAUCCUGUCAGGCAGUUCGUAGAGACCCUGCAUUCCUUUUACAGUGUUAGAGUGUUUUGUGAGUGCAGCUUAACCGAACAGUUAUGUGAAAAUCACUUUUGGUAUUAAUAGAAGAAGCCCUGCUGACCAAGUUAUAGUAUCAGUAAUAAGGGAACUUAACUUGGUGUUGCUGUAAAUCAUUGUGUAGCUUUUUUAAAAAAAAUAAAUGUCUUAUUUAAAUUUUAUUUCAAGAAAACAAAAGUUAUGUCAACAAAAAAGGGUGAGAAAGACUGAAAAUUAAAACCUGGACCUAAGGAUAUGCAUGUUACAGGCAUAAGUGCAUACAUUUUUCAAAUAAGAGAGAUGGUUGAAUCCUCCCAUUUUAGUGCCUUUGUGUAAAAUAUGAUAUUAAUAAGACUGGCUGGUCUUUUUAGGACUGAAGGCAGCAAGGUGUCGCCUUUAAAGACCAGUUUUAUUGUGUUAUUUGAAAAGACAACAACAAAAAAAGUCAAAUUACGUCAGCUUAAUGAGGGCUUUUCUCUGUAUUUUAACCUUAUUUUACUCAUAAAUGUUAUAUUGUGUAACCUUGGUUUAAUUCAUGCCGUGCAUUUUUAUCUAAAUGGCUUAUUUAUUCUUUUGCCGCUUGUACAGCAGUGUUGUUACAUUUUUUUUUAUAUUAGUAGUAUUAUUAUAUCACCACUUAUACUGUUACAGUGGAUGUGAAGUUUCCAUACGACAUCAAGAUACUGUUAAAUACUUGUCUUAUGCAACAAAAGGAGGAGAUGGUUUGAGAUGGUGUAGUGUUUGUCUCCAUCUCAUGAAAAUGACGGUGUCAUCUGAGAUCACUAUGAAAUGGAGAAAACAGUGCGAGUCCAUUUACCUCCAGUCUUUUCAGGAAGAGGAGUUUCGAAAAACUUGUCUUGUUUGAAACUGAAUGUUUUCUCAUUGACUAAAAAAAGCACAUUUUUACACUUUCAAUUCACUGUACUGUAGUUGAAUUUACUGUCACCCUACAAAUGAUCAUAUUUUCCAGUGUUUUAGCGACAGCAACAAAGACGGCGGCCAUGUUUAUGGGAGAAGGCUUAUUAGCUGUUGGGCAUUUGUAACUGCAACGUUAGCUCAGAUGUUUGGUUUACUUAUCUUGAUUAAAAAAUUCCACAUUUGGGCCUCCAAUAAAUUAGUUUCCCAGAAGUGAGCGGUGAAAUAACAUUUGCAGUAUGCAGUUGCUAAGUCAAUAUGUGACGUUUUGUCCAGUUCUCGACUCGUUUCUGUCCAAAUCUGUGUUUCGUAAACCACUUGCCAUUAACAUCCAGCUGUAAGUUAUAUUACACAGAGCUCUUUUAACCGUCCAUCCCCAGGAGUCAUUGGUUUGGUAAGAAAUCUGUAUAUAAUGGAACACAUCCACCCUGUGGUCGACCUGUUUAAAUUUAUAUCAGGGAUGUUGGGGAAACAUUUUCUGUUAUUUAAUAUCUCCCUAAGAGAAAGCAUAUUUCGCUUUCCCCUUUAACCCCCCAUCAAGCCAGCCACUGUAUUUUGAUGCCUAUAUGUGUCUGUGUAUAUACUUAAUAUUACUGGCAUAUGAUGAGAUGCUGGGGGGAAAAUAUCUCAGUAAAAUAAACUUCAGAAGCCAGCUAGUUUGGGCCAUUUUCAGACCAUAUUAAUGCCAAUCUCUUCCUUAUAAAGAAGGAAAGGUAACAUCUCAAUGUACUGUUUAAGCUAUAACCCCAAAUCUCAGUUUAAUAUUCAUGUUUGAGAACAAAAUCCUGAACAAAGAGUGCAGUUAUCUUUACAAAACCCGGUCAUAAUGUGGUGUAUUACUUACAUGCCUAAGCUAAAAUGAGUACCCAGUUUUCCCCAGUGUUACUUGACUGCUAAUUGCACCGUCAAAAAGUGUAUUAGAGAAAUGAAACAAACAACACCAGGCUGUUCACAGGUCAGAAUCCUCUCACUAUGCGUGCAGUGUUUGCUGUAUUUUUUUACUCAUUGGAAAACUUUUCUUUACAUAUUGAAGUAGCAAAUAACCUUCCAUUUGCCAAGUUUUAUAUUGCUUGUAUACAAACACACUAUGUACAUACUAAAUGUGACAGUGGUAGAGGAGGUGUCGGGCCAUUUGAGCAAUGAGAAAAUGAAAACUCAUGUCAAGUUUGAUGGAUUUCAUAUAGCAUCUGUCCGACGAGGACCUAUUGAUGAAAAUGUGCUUCCUACACUGCAAAACUUGGAAAUGACAUUGUAAAUAAAGCUUGUAUAAAACAG